AUGCGUCUACUCUGCGGUGGUGGGAGUCUGGUCGUCCGGACAAAGGUUGACCUCGUUUCCGCUGCGAGUGGAAUUCGCAACUGGGAGGAACCCCCAGAACCACAUCCGACCAACCCGGUAACUUCCCUUCAAAACUCCAUCGCCGACUUACUUGCCCAAAUCCAAACUGCCCAAACGAGUAGAUCGCUGACGGCUGAUCGCACCACCGCAACGGCCCUGUCCCAACUUCAGACAGUAGUUACGUCCAUUCAGACCACUUUCAACGGCUUCGUAAGCAACGGACUCGCCAACCUGCCAGCGGCCCUCGCCGGUGGAUUUAACUCAAUAAUGAGUGGCGUUCAGUCGGCGCUGAACAACGCUGGCAGCCAGCUAGGGCAGCUGAUCGCGGCCGGAAACAGUACUUCAGGGGCUUCGAGUAUCGAGGUCGAUCAGCUGAACACGGCUACUGCAAAUUUGGGCACCGCCAGUACGUCCUGGUCGAGCCACGUGGGCAGCCUGCUGAACCAGUUUAGCAGUUUGCUAACCGGGAUUGUUGAUAGGCUGUCGGGACUUCCGGCGACCUUGAAUGGUUUGUUUGGGUGA